ACUUGUUAUGACUGGCAGUGGCACCUACAGCUACCCAAUCAUUCAUUCAGUCAUUCAUUUCUCUUUCUUCUUCUAUUUCUUCUUCUCUACUUUUCAUCCAUUUUUUGUUCAGUUUUUAUCAUCCAAUUCCUCCCUUCACUAUUACAGUUCCAACACCAAUCUCUCUCUCCCUCUCUUCUCCAUGGCCGAUCCUUUCUGUACUUGCUUGACCAAAACAGUUCAACAGCUCAAGGCCUUGCGCCGCAGGCUCAGGCAACGCAAGAAAACGAAGCCCGAGGGUAGCCUCCUCUCCGAUUCCAACCAGCUCCGACAAGUUUUCGACUUCUUUGACGCCAAUGGCGACGGCAAGAUCUCCCCUCUGGAGCUGCGCCAAGUCCUGCUCCGCCUGGGCCACGACCACUCCGCCGCGGCCGCCGAAGCCCAAGUCAUGGUUUCUGAAAUGGACGGCGACGGCGACGGCUUCGUCAACUUCGACGACUUCACCAAGGUCGUGAGCUUCGACGACAAGGAGGGCAACGAACUGGAAAGCGGCCUGGUGGACGCUUUCCUGGUCUUCGACGCCGACAGGAACGGCUUCAUAUCGGCGGGAGAGUUGCAGAGGGUUCUGGUGGGCCUGGGAAUCUGCCGGAGGUGCAGCCUGACAGAGUGCCGAGAAAUGAUCAAAGGGGUGGAUAAGGAUGGCGAUGGGUUCGUGGAUUUCGAGGAGUUCAGGUCGAUGAUGAUGAUGAUGGCAGCUUGAGCCUUUGUGAGGAUUGGAAUUUAAUUUAGUUAUCAGUGUAGUGUUUGUGUUGUAUUGGGUGUACGUAAACUGUUGACUGUUCCUUUGGUUUGUGUAGUAGUAGGAGGAGGAGGAGGAAGCGGCGUCCGGCGUCCGGCGUCCGUAAAUAAUUAUUAGGCAGAUGGAACUGUCCUUUUCUUUUGCUGCAACACUGCAAAAAUAUCUAAUGAGCUUUCCCCCAACUUCCCUUUCAUUUCUUCUAUUAUUUGGAUAAAGUUGAAAGAUUUUUAUGUAAGCUUAAAGCAGCAGCCCACAUUGUCUUGAGUUUUCAUGUACCCAUGUGAACUUCUUGUCUGGAGCAGAGAGGUAAUAAGAACCAAGUAAGUGUAC